AUGAUGAUGCAGGUGACCCUGUUCGCGGUGCACUGCGCCGGGUGCAUCAACUACCUGAUCGCGGACAGGUACCCGGACCCGGCGAGGACUUGGAUAGGCGCGGCGCACCCGGACUUCAGGGAGGACGGGCUGUGGGUGCGCUACGUCACGUGCCUCUACUGGUCCAUCACCACCAUGACCACCACCGGCUACGGCGACCUGCACGCCCAGAACGCCAGGGAGAUGCUCUUCGGCAUCUCCUACAUGCUCUUCAACCUCUGGCUCACCGCCUACCUCAUCGGCAACAUGACCAACCUCGUCGUCCACAGCACCAGCCGCACCAGAGACUUCAGGGACAUGGUUCAGGCUGCCACGGAAUUCGCGGCGAGGAACCAGCUGCCGCGGCAGAUAGAGGAGCAGAUGCUGAACCACAUAUGCCUGAGGUUCAAGGCAGAGGGGCUCAAGCAGCAGGACACACUGGACAUCCUCCCCAAGGCGAUGAGAUCCAGCAUAUCGCUCUAUCUCUUCUUCCCGGUGGUUCAGGGCGCCUACCUGUUCAGGGGAGUCUCCCCAAGCUUCAUCCAGCAACUGGUAACGGAGAUGGUGGCCGAGUACUACGCCCCGAAGGAGGACAUCAUACUGCAGAACGAGUACCCAUCGGACCUACACCUUCUUGUGACCGGAGAAGUGGAUAUUGUGGCGUUCCUAGAUGGGACAGAGCAGGUUUAUGGAAAAGCGACUGAGGGAGGACUGCUAGGGGAGAUCGGGGUACUGUGCAACAAGCCACAGCCGUUCACUUUCCGGACAGCCAAGCUAUCUCAGGUUCUAAGGAUCAGUAGGCCCAAGCUGAUGGAUAUCAUCCAGGAAAAUGCAGAAGAUGGCGAGAUCAUCAGGAUCAAUCUUGAGCAAGUAAACGUCUAA